AUGCUGACACCUCAUAUUUAUAUUGUAUAUAUUUGUUUUUCAGGUUCAGCUCUGAAAUGUUUUGUAUGUAAUUCCUAUCAUCAAGCUGAUUGUGCUGAUUGGUUUGACAAUGUUACACAACAUUUAACUCAAUGUAAUGAUGAUGAACAAAUGUGUAGAAAAAUUAUCCAGGAAGUGUAUUAUGAUGGUGAAUGGGAUGUAAGAUAUAUAAGACAAUGUGCCAAAUUAGGAGAGGUUGGUGGUAGACAUGGCAGAGAAUGUAAAGAACGAGUAGGAACAUAUGAUGUUAAAUUGAGAUAUUGUCAUUGUAAUAAUCAAGAUGGCUGUAAUGGUGCCCAAUCAUAUAACACAGGAUUGACUCUACCCUUAUCAUUAACAAUGCUGUCAGCAGUUGUGUAUAAUGUUUUAAACAGAGUGUGA